CGGCAGCCGCCCUAGUCCGUCCGUCCGUCCGUCUCCGAGCCAGCGGCCCGCGGCAGCCGCGCCAGGAGCCCUGCCGGGAUGCUGAGCCCGGCCGGCGGCAGGCGCCUGCCGCUCUGAGCCGGGGGCGGGGAGGUCCGGGCAGAGGAUGCUCCCCAAUGGCACCUGCACCAGGCUCCCGGGCGGUGCAGGCAGCGGCAGCGGCGGCGGCGGCGGCGGAGCCGGCAGCGCCUCGGACGAGGCGGCGGCGGGGGGCAUGGACUCGGGCGGCAGGAACUCCUCCGGCGCCCCAAACAGCACCCUGAGUGAGUCUCAGGGCAGCGCCAUCCUCAUCUCCUUCAUCUACUCCGUGGUAUGCCUGGUGGGGCUGUGCGGCAACUCCAUGGUCAUCUACGUGAUCCUACGCUAUGCCAAGAUGAAGACGGCCACCAACAUCUACAUCCUCAACUUGGCCAUCGCGGACGAGCUGCUGAUGCUCAGCGUCCCCUUUCUGGUCACCUCCACCCUGCUGCACCACUGGCCCUUUGGCUCGCUGCUCUGCCGCCUGGUGCUCAGCGUGGAUGCCAUCAACAUGUUCACCAGCAUCUACUGCCUGACCGUGCUCAGUGUGGACCGCUACAUUGCUGUGGUGCACCCCAUCAAGGCGGCUAGGUACCGCCGGCCCACGGUGGCUAAGAUGGUCAAUCUGGGCGUCUGGGUGCUUUCCAUCCUCAUCAUCCUGCCCAUCAUCAUCUUCUCCAACACAGCGGCCAACAGUGAUGGAACGGUGGCUUGCAACAUGCUCAUGCCAGAGCCCACCCAGAGGUGGCUGGUGGUCUUUGUGGUCUACACCUUUCUGAUGGGUUUCUUGCUGCCUGUGGUGGCCAUCUGCCUCUGCUACAUCCUCAUCAUUGCCAAGAUGCGCAUGGUGGCCCUCAAGGCUGGCUGGCAGCAACGCAAACGCUCGGAGCGCAAGAUCACCCUCAUGGUCAUGAUGGUGGUGAUGGUCUUUGUCAUCUGCUGGAUGCCCUUCUACAUCGUGCAGCUGGUCAAUGUCUUCGUAGAGCAGGAUGACGCCACCAUCAGCCAGCUCUCUGUCAUCUUAGGCUAUGCCAACAGCUGUGCCAACCCCAUCCUCUAUGGCUUUCUCUCGGACAACUUCAAGCGGUCCUUCCAGCGGCUGCUCUGCCUCAGUUGGAUGGACAAUGCCGCAGAGGAACCCAUCGACUACUAUGCCACUGCCCUCAAGAGCAGGGCAUACAGUGUAGAGGACUUUCCCCCAGACAACUUGGAAUCAGGGAGCAUGUACAGGAAUGGCACUUGCACCUCCAGGAUUACCACCCUCUGAGGAAGCAUUCCUGCCCCCCCGCUCCCCUACUGCCCCCCAGCAGGAGGGUGAGCAAGGCCAGGGCUGUGGCAUGGGGAGGCUGGGAGGGAGGGGGUUUCGGUCCUGCCCACCAACAGCAGUGUUUGGCAUAAGAAGGAGCAAAGAAAAUCCCAUGUCCUUGCUCUGCUUCCCCAUCCUCCCCCCCACCUGCCUCCCUUGAGAGCGGGUGUGUUUGCUGAUGCUUUGACACCCACUCAGCAAAUUGCCAUAAUUGUGGGUCGACUUCGGGUCUGGCAGCCAGGCUGUGCCACCCCUCUCUGUGUCUGAGGAGUGGUUGUACGGGUCUCGCAGCGACUCCCCCCUCGCCUUUUGUACAUGUUGCCCUCCCCCUCGGUUGGUGGGACCCCCCAGGCCACUGAGUCGAGCCUGCCUCAGUCAAGCCCCAGCAUUCAGGCUCAGACUCUCCCUAACUAAAAGCGACCCUGCUCAGCAUCUGUCAGUACGCACCUUCCCUUCAGAGAGUAGAAAUGCUGUAAAAAUCCGCCCCCCCCCGCCCCCCAACACACACCUUGCCCUCCUCCAGGAAGGAGCAAGUAGCCUCUCUCUGCGCCCCCCUUCCCCCCCCCAGAAUAAAAAAGAAAUCAGGGAGCACAAAGGCCCCGAGAAAAGAAGCAGCAUAGUCACAGAGCUGUCUUUUGCUCUGCAGACAGCUUCCACCUCACUGGGGCUCUGGCUCUCUGUGCUACACUCGGGGGAAGCAAAGCAGAAAAGGUCUUUGGAAAAAAAAUCUGUUUAUUGCUGUGCUUCAGAGCUGCGCAGCAGGUUUCUGAUAAGGAGAGAUAAACAGUCCCGUGACUCACAGGGAGCAGAGCACUGAGCUGGGAGUCGGGGGGAGCACUGAGCUGGGAAAUGUUUGAAUGUGUCCAUACAUACGAUAAAGCGUGCUAAUAAUAAAGUUUAAAGGGAGCACUA